AUGGUCCGUGCCCACGCGAUGGUUUUCUAUCCUGCCUUUGAAAUUAUUCUGACCUCUUUUCUCUCCCUCAACAUCGCCGCCGCCAACUUUCGCCGCCGAUUCAACCUCAAGUACGAAGUCGUUAACGUUCUGGUUCCCUUACAUUACAAUAGCAUGACUGGUAGAAAGGCCUCGGUCAUUGACAAUGUGCUGACGGCUCGGCUUAAGAGCGAGGCAGCCCUUAAUCGGGUUCAGAAACGAAAGGCCGAUGAUAUCACGGCCGAUCAGGCCACUCCUGCCCCUGAGGCAGAGAAGCCGAAUUCGACAAUGGGUCGCCGUUCCGGCGCCUCUGGGGCUGCCGGUCCCCAUCUCGACACGGUCGCGGCCCCUUGGGAGGGGCCUACCAAGCCCAAAGCACCCAAACAUGCGAUGGGAGGUGCCGCCAAGGAGCUCCUUGGCUGGCUGGACGUCGAAAUCGGUCGUCUCCAGACCGAACGCGCGGUCUACGACUCCCGGUGCAAGGCAAGUGCUACAGUUGAAGACUGCAAGACGAUUGCCCUCCUCGAUGAUGAGAUCAAGGAGAUGGAGAACAACUCGGCCUCUGUUCCCACGCCGUCCCUGGAGGACUACCUCACCAAUGGCCGCGUGGUUGCAAAGAAGGAUGCUGAUGCGGAGAAGGAGGCCAAGUUUGAUGAUGGGGCCUCUGAUGCCCAGACCAUCGUGACCUCAACGCAGGAAGGUAACUCAGCAAGCUACGAAAUGGAAUUCCAGGAUUACUUCAAGGGAGCUCUCAUUCCUUUUGUACCACCAAAGCAAGAGGAUUUCUCGACAUACUUCAACAAACCUCAAGCAUUUGCCUCCGAAACCCUCGUAUGA